UCCAAUGCAACACUGAGCCAGAUUCCUCUAUACUUUCUUCAAUUUUACUCAUUUUUCAGAUCUUGAGGUAAAACUGAUUUCUUUUCCUUCCUAUUUUUAUUUUUUUGCCCCCUUCCCUUUCCUCUAGAAGGAAAUGGCAAAAGCAAAUUCAUCAAAAAUGCAAACUGGGAAUCAAGAUUUUACUUCCAAAUUCCUUCAAAUAAAGCAAGGUGACAAAUUUUUCUCUAGGCUCUUGUCAAAGAAGAGAAACUCCUCCUCCUUCUCCUCCUCCGCGGCCGGGGAUUCAUCUUUCAGAACGUCGUACUACGAUGGCGCUGCUGGUUCUGUUCCAUUCGUGUGGGAGUCUCAGCCGGGCACCCCAAAACACACGUAUUCGGACAACCCUCUGCCGCCACUCACGCCACCACCUUCUUAUACAUUCAGCCCUAAUAAUUCCAUGCAGAGAAAGAAUUCAAAAAACUCGAAAAUCUUUUCUUCCAUUAUUCCACGAGUUUCUUCCAAGAAAAUUAGCAUUUCACCAUCAUUUUCAUCGUCUUCAUCGCUCUCUUUAUCCUCGAAUUCAGCCCCUUCCACACCGAUGAAUCGGCCAUCAAACACUUCCAAGUAUUCUGUGGCAAGUUCAACGUCAGCUAUCCAUUUCGGGCUAUAUGAAGAAGGCCAAGAAUCCAUUUCUCCCACAUCAACAUUGUGUUUUGGUAAUGGAAAUGGAAGUUCGAGCAAGAUUAGCAGGCACUACUACCCCAUGAAGAGUGUGAAGAGGGCAUUCUUGUCCAUUGUUGGGCUAGCUAAUUAGAGGUAAUUAUAUGUGGUGUUCAUCUUGUUCAAUUUCUAUAUAUCAAAAAUCAAAGAAAGAAAUUUAGUUGAAUCAAUGUAAACUUGAACUCCAAGUGAAUGAAAUCUGUUCAUGGUUUAACUAUUUGCCUAAUUUUAUUUUUUAGUAAUUGUUCGGAUAACUUAGAAAGUUUGUUAAAUCAAGGUUAAAGUCAACAAUUAAUUUUGACUAAACAUUUAGCCCAUGUUUGGUAGUAAAUAAAAUCUAAAAUUUUAUCAAAGUCAAAGCCAAUAAUUAGUUUUAGCAAUAUAUUUCAUGGGAUCCACAACUUUCAACUAAAAUAUUUUAUUAAAUUUUAUGAAUAUCCGCUAAAAACCUGAUUUUAAUCCCUACUAAGCAAGAAGUUAAUGUGAUCCUAAAUUCGUAUCAACUUUUCUACUAUA